AUGUCUUCUCUAGACGUAUCUGAAAAACCUGCGGGUCUCGCUGAAGAAUCUAAAAUUGAAAACGGCGAGCAAGUGGUCACCGUUUUCGAUUUAGCAACUGAAAUCGAACAAUCGCUGCAGAAAGUGAUGGAAGAUGUGCGAAAAAACGAUCUUGAAUUUCAAGAACAAUUUGAAGCCAUUCAGAAGCGUUUGAGGAGUCUCGAGAAAUAA